UCGACCAUCUGGAGGGGCACACGCACACGAGCAGUCGAGCAUUUCAUGAAGGUGCUCAAGUCGUGCCCUUUUCGUACGGGGGAGAUGUUGCAUAUGCUGGUGGCCGAGGGGGCGAAGGUGUUGCCGUCAGACAAGAAAACUCGCUACUUGCUGCAGAAUUACCGGCAACUGAACAACAUCUCGGAGGGGGGGGGGCAAGCAAAAGCUGGUGAUGGUGACGCGGUGGUUCGUCGUGCUUACGAGGAGUCGGAAUUGCCGGUUCCCGCAGGGAGGGAGCCGGUCGAGGAUACGGUGGAGCGGGGAAAGGAAAGUGCAUCGGGGGAGGCGGUACGAGAUGAGUGUGAUUCGACUACAAGGCCGACUGCUAAGCGGCAAAUGACCAUCAGGAGAUGGGUGGACAACGCAGCCCAACAAAAAUUGGACAUCACAUGGGCGGAGGCAAUGUUCCGGGCGGGAAUUGCGUUCAGUUUCCUGAACUUCAACACUACUAUGAAACUCCACGAGGUGUACUUGGAGGUGGCCACCGCACGACCGAAGGUGAAAUUGCCUUCAGCGAAGGACAUCCGGACGGUGAUGCUCAACUUCAUCUUUCUGCGCAUUCAAAAGCAAGUGCAGCCUCUGACUGCAUGCUGGGAUGUCACGGGCUGCACUUUCAUCAUGGACGGGUCGAAAGAUCGGAGGGAAAGGCCUGUCAUGAACUUCUUGGCGGCGGGGGAGCAGGGAGCGGUCCUAGUGGCGACGGUCAAGUUGGAUUGCAUAAAGGGCACAGUCAAGCGGAGCCACGCCAUUGUGAAGUUCAUACGAAACCACCAUUGCACGCAUAGUCUAAUGAUGUCGUUGGACGACUCAUUGUCGCUGACGCGGCUGACGGAGGUCCGUUUUGGGUCAGUGUACAUGAUGAUGGAGCGGUUGUACGAUCAGAGGGCAGUAUUGAAGCAGAUGGUCGAAGGGAGCACGGUUGGGAGAUGGAAGGCGAUGCGGUGGUCGACGACCAAACUGCAGUCCAAAGCAGAUCUUGUGUUUUUCACGUUGCGGAGGGAGAGUUGGUGGUCGGAGUUGAAGAAGGUGGUGGAGGUGAUGGAGCCGUUGUAUAACUUGCUUCAGAGGAUGGACAAGGAUGGGACUACACCGUCAAACCUUGUGGAGUACGACAGGCUCAUGGAGAGGAUGCUGGGGGAGGUUGUGCUAACCACGGAGCAGCAAGACACGGUGCUGGACAAGUCCAUUGCAAUCAAAGUAAUGGGCAUGUGGAGAACGGGAACUCCGACGGAGCGGAAUUGGUCUUCGAUGGACUUGGUCCACUCUAAGCGGCGGAAUAGGUUGAACCCUUCAACCUUGGAGAAGUUGGUGUAUAUUCAUUGGAAUAUGCAACUUCUGUCGGGGAAGAACGUGAAGGACAACGGUUAUAUCGAUUUGUGGGCGCAGUUCUUCGAGUCUUUGCCGGAGCCGGAGGCGGACGACGGUUCUACUUUGAAUGAGCCCGUGGAGGAGAAGGACAAGACGGAGGAGGAGCUGGUGCGGGAACGGGCCUUCACGAAGAUACCAAAGGGCCGGAUUCCGAAAAGCCUCGAACACGAGGACGAGGAGGAGGAGCGAACCGACGAUAGCGACCUUGACGACGAGAUGUGGAAGGGGAAUACUCCAUGGUCGGAGGCGUCCAGCGAAGAGGAGGUUGACGACUCAUCGGACGAUGACUUCGAGUUGGGACUCCCACCCCCAAUCCCGUGCACCACAUAUGACGAGAGGAGGGCAACCGUACAGCGUCGUCGAGAACGGCCGCCCGCAACACCUUCUCAAUGCCCGGCGAACACCGCAAGACAGUACAACAUCUAAUCGGAUGUUGACCUCCGUAGACCAACACCGAUAUGGAGAUGGUGCUUCGCGCACGUC